ACGAGGGGAGCACGAGCAGCCCCCUCCCCCUGGAAGAGCAGCUGUCACGGGCGUCCAGGGGAUGACGGAGCUCCCUCCUCCAGGCCCCCGACAGGAAAAGGCCACUGGGAAACACGGGCCAUGUGUGACUCCAGGGAGCUGCUGCUGGUGUGGCUCCUGGUGCUGGCAGUGCGUGGCACCGAGCACGUCUUCGGGCCUGGCCGCAGGGUGUGCACCAUCGGGGCUCCCAGGGGCCCCGAGUCCGAGUCUUUUGUGCAGCGGGUGUACCAGCCCUUCCUCACCACCUGUGACGGGCACCGAGCCUGCAGCACCUACCGGACCAUCUAUAGGACUGCCUACCGCCGCAGCCCCGGGCUGGCCACCAGGCCUCACUAUGCUUGCUGCCCAGGCUGGAAGAGGACCAGCGGGCUCCCCAGGGCCUGUGGAGCAGCAGUGUGCCAGCCCCCGUGCCAGAACGGAGGGAGCUGUGUCCAGCCAGGCCACUGUCGCUGCCCUGCAGGAUGGCACGGUGACACCUGCCAGACAGACGUGGAUGAAUGCAGUGGGGGACAGGGCCCCUGCCCCCAGCACUGCGUCAACACCGUGGGCAGUUACCGGUGCCGGUGUCCGGAGGGGCACAGCCCGUCCGCAGACGGUGGGCUCUGCCUGCCCAAGAGAGGGACCCCCAGGCUAGCCCCGAACCCCGCAACAGGAAGGGACCGUGCGGUAGAGGAGGAGGUGCAGAGGCUUCGGUCAAGGGUGGACGUGCUGGAGCAGAAGCUGCAGCUGGUGCUGGCCCCGCUGCACAGCCUGGCCUCGAGGGCCCAGGAGCACGGGCUCCCCGACCCCGGCAGCCUCCUGGCCCACUCCUUCCAGCAGCUGGACCGCAUCGACUCUCUGAGUGAGCAGAUCUCCUUCCUGGAGGAGCAGCUGGGGUCCUGUUCCUGCAAGAAGGAGCUGUGACAGGUUCCCAGCUCUGGCUCCUGAGAGCCCGUUGCCAUGAUGUUGGGGGGCGGGGCAGGAAGGGGUCCUAGGUAUGAACCCAGCCCCCGCCCAGCCAGCACCCCUGCACCCCACCAGUGGGCCUGUGGUGGAGGGAAGGUACGAGGGUCUUGGUUGCUGGGCAGCAUAUCGGGGGGCACCUCUGAUCUGUGUCAGAAUAAAAUGAAGGUUCAGGA